AUUUAAGUAGCUUGUCAUUCAGCUUGGCAGCUCAAAGUGUUUGGAACUGACAAACAUGGCAAUCAAACUGCUCUGCUGCAUCUUGGCGCUUGCAUCCUUCACAAAUGCGCUGCAAAUCGAGCCACGCAGCAGUUGGGGCGCUGUGGCUGCGCGUUCGCCUAGCCGCGUGCGUGGACCCGUGGAGUACGUCAUCAUACAUCAUUCGGAUAAUCCCAAUGGCUGCAGCACAUCGCAGCAGUGUCAGCGCAUGAUUAAGGCCAUACAAUCGGAUCAUAAGGGCAGACGCAGCUUUAGCGACAUUGGCUACAAUUUCAUCAUAGCUGGCGAUGGCAAAGUGUACGAGGGACGCGGCUUUGGGCUGCAGGGUUCACAUGCGCCCAACUACAAUCGCAACAGCAUUGGCAUUGUGUUCAUUGGCAACUUUGAGAGCAGCGCGCCCAGCGCACAAAUGCUGCAGAAUGCCAAGGAUCUUAUAGAGCUGGCCAAGCAGCAGGGACAUCUGAAGCAGGACUACACACUGCUGGGACAUCGCCAGACCAAGGCGACUGCUUGCCCCGGCACUGCGCUCUACAAUGAGAUUAAGAGCUGGCCACGCUGGCGCGAACUUUGAUUUGUUAUCAACAGCAGAAUUGUUUAUAAAAUGUAGUAAUUGAAAAUA